AUGUACAAAGUCAGCAUUGCAACCCCGACUGUCCAAUUCGGCGGCAAUAUCCGAGUCACCUAUCGUUUUGUUCCUCUGCUGAAGGGCCUCACCGUGAAAUCGAUUAGAUCGGGUGUCAUUGAAACGCAUACGGUAUUGAGACCAUAUGCUUCUCGAUCGCGAGAGGUGUUGACCGAUGCAUUUGACCCUCCAACCUGGGAAGAAAUGGAUAUAAGCACCGACGACAGAUGCUGGUAUCAAUGCUCCCGGAUGCUUCAUUUACCAAAGUCUACCCGACAGUGUCUACAAAGCGUCGCGACAACGGUUCUAAAGGUUGGGCAUUCAAUACAAUUUUCAAUCACUCUGUUGAAUCCAGAUGGUCAUCUGUCUUCGAUUCGUCUUUCUCUUCCAAUAGUCAUAAUUUUCUAUCCCUCGACCAGCGCUAGCCUCCAGAUGUUAUCAGACAUUGCGACCUGGGACGAGGAAGAAAACACACUGCCCCAUUAUAGCGACCAUGUCCGUGAUUCGAAGCUUGUCGAAAUAUGCCCAGGCAACCCUUCAACCCCUGCAGGGCCGGGUUCGAACGAAAAGCCUCCAGACUACUCAGUUUCUCACGACGUAUCCGACAUUCCCAGCUAUUGGGAUACUAUCUGA